AUGCAAGACACGGACGUUUCAUCGAAUACAAUUUCUAAAGAGAGCGCGGAAGAUCAAAUCGCAGAAGCAACAAAUACCGAUGCCAUCACCACUGAUCCACCAGUCGUGGAAUCUGGAAGCUCCCAAGCCGUACCAAAGAAAGACGAAUCCAAAACACCCAAACGAACAAAACCCCUCUCAAUCCUAAAAUGGUUCCUCAAAGACCAAUGGUUCCUCCUCGCCAUGUCCUUCGUCAUCCUCCUCUCCUCUCAAAUCCAAGUCCCCCGCUCCCGCCAACACACAAAACGAACGUCCAUAACCUACCUCGCCGUCUCCAUCAUAUUCUUCAUCAACGGCUGCACCCUCGACACAGCCCUGCUGCUCGCAAACUACAAGCGCUGGAAACUCCACCUCUUCGUCCAACUGCAAUGCUACCUCGUCUGCUCGGCCGCCACCUUUGCAAUCGUCAGCGCGUGUGCGACGAACCGCGCUUUCAUGGACCCAUGGCUGUUGAUCGGGUUGUUGUUUGUUGGUAGUGCUCCAACGACUAUGUCAAGCAAUGUUGUCAUGACGAGGCAGGCUCAUGGCAAUGCGGCGUUGACGGUGGUGCAGAGUGUGAUUGGACAGUUUCUGUGUCCGUUUCUUACGCCGGUGAUUCUGCAGAUGUGGCUUGCCACCGGGCCGUGGUAUGGUGAGGUGUUGUCGCAGCGAGGGGGCGCGGCGGGGUAUGCGGGGAUUUAUAAACGUGUGUUUAUGCAGUUGGGCCUUUCGGUUUUUUUGCCCAUGCUGCUGGGUCAGGUUGUGCAGUGGCUGUGGCCGAAAGUCACGAAGAAAGUUUUUUUGGAGUGGAAAUUGAUCAAGUUGUCGAGUCUGGCGUUGCUGACGAUGGUGUGGCAGACGUUUGAUCAGGCGUUUUCAGAGGGCGCGUUUCACGCGGUUAAAGGGUCGAAUAUUGUGUUUAUCAUAUUCAUCACGGUUGCGCUGUAUUUGGUUUGGCUAGCUAUCUGCUUCACGGCUGCGACGAUGUGGCUGGAGAAGAAGGAUGUUAUCGCGUGUUGUUAUUGCUGUCCGGCAAAGGCGCUGGCUAUGGUUGUGCCGCUUACGUCGGUCAUGUAUGUUGAUGUUGAUCCGCUGGAUCAGAGUAAGAUGCAGAUACCAGCAAUCAUUUUUCAGGCGUUUCAGGUGGCGAUUGGCGGGGUUAUGACGAUUGGGUUUCGCAGGUGGAUUAGGGGGGAGGAGGAGAGGGAGGAGGCGGAGAAGAGGGGGUGA